AUGAAGGAAAAUGGAAAAUGGAAAAUUAGAAGGCUUUUUGGCCUAGAUUCUAGACUUAACACUCCUGGCGGCACUGUCUUAAACCCGUUUCUUUACAGCGUAAGAGUAGGUCAGACAUUCGAAGCCAAUGGCACCGAAUGCGACAAGAAUGGUGUAUGUGCCCCACCCUACCAAGAUAUAAAUAUAAAGCGCUAUAUAUUCGAGGACUACUGCCGAGGGACGGUACGUAAUGAUCUCAUGUUGGUAGAACUGGAGACACCAGCUGAGUUUAAUGAUUUUGUGCAACCACUUUGUCUUCCGCUUACCUCGCCCCCACUAAGCAGUCUUACAGGCCAAUAUGUCAUCACAGCCGGAUGGGGUCUGCAGGAUGGAACUAACAAAAAAAGUCUGUCCAAAAAGUUAUUGUACAUCGUUACACCCAUUCUUAAUCCAUCAACGUGUAUGUUCCAGUAUAUUUAUUUCGAAAGAAACAAACAGUUUUGUUUAGAUACGCCUUCCAGGAUGACCAUAUGUGAUGGAGAUUCUGGUGGUGCUGCUAUUAUGUUCCAAAGAAGAGAUGGCGUGAGGCGAGCCUAUUUCAUCGGAGUUGUUUCUUAUCAAAAGAAAUUUUGUACGUUCUCUCCGGUGUUCACAUCGGUUCAGUACUUCUUGGACAAGAUUUUAAGCAAAACGGACACCAAUAGCACUCUCUGGAAAAGCCUACAAAAAAACUGCGGCAAAACGAGAUUUGACCCCAGAAACCAAGAGGAGGACGAAGAUCGAAUUAUCAACGGUACCGCAGCUAUGCUUGGACAAUUCCCCUGGAGUGUUAGAUUGGGGACAAUUUAUAAAACAAGAUAUAGGUUUCAUUGUGGGGGCAGCCUUAUAACCACUACUUUCGUUAUUUCGGCGGCGCAUUGCAAUGAAUAUGGUAACAUAGCGAGAGUUGGUCAAACCUACGAAACAAUGGGUCCCCAAUACGAACCAUUUGGAGGCUGUGCCCCGCCCUAUCAAGACAUCAAAAUAAAGAAGUACAUAUUCGAGGACUACUGUCGAGUAUCACAUGUUGAUGAUCUUAUGUUGCUGGAACUAGUGAGACCUGCUAAACUCAAUAACUUCGUGCAAACAAUUUGUCUUCCGCCUUCCUCCCUUCCAAUUACUAGCCUCAUAGGAAAAUACGUGGUUGUAUCAGGCUGGGGUCUACGGAAUGGAACCGACCUCAACAGUACACCUAAAAAUUUAUUUUACAUGGUUACUCCAGUACUCGAUCCUGACGAAUGUUCGUUAAAUUUUACUAAUUUCGACAGAAAGAGGCAGUUCUGUCUAAAUAAACUUAAUAACUUUGUGCAAACAAUAUGUCUUCCACCUUCCUCCCUUCCAAUCACUGGCCUCAUAGGAAAACACGUGGUUGUACCAGGCUGGGGUCCACGCAACGGAACCGACCCCAGCAGUAAACCUAAAAAUUUGUUUUAUAUGGUACCUCCAGUAUUCGAUCCUGACGAAUGUUCGUUACAUAUUACUCAUUUGGACAGAAAGAGACAGUUCUGA